CCCUGGCGUGUGCGUAUAUCCUUAAUUCACUUGUUUGUUUGUUUUCAGCUCGUGCACAAUGGAAGUGGAAAACAAGAUCAGCUGGUUUUGUCAACACGUCAUCAUCCACCUCUGCACUUCUCGCUGACUUUGCUGUUUUUGGUGCUGGGUUUUCAUUAUUUCCGCUGACUACAGAUUAAACCAUGUGCACCAAAGCACGACGUUCAGUGCAGCAGCUCGGUGUCAGAAUGGCACCUGUCUGUGCUGCCUUGGCUUUGUUAAGCCUCACUCAUCUGCUUGUGUUUGGUGUUGCUCCUAUUUGGACCCAGCCGGAGCAAGUGCACCUCUCAUAUGCAGGACCCAAUUCCAUGGUGGUGACCUGGACCACCUUUAGUAAGACACAGAGCAGGGUGGAGUAUGGUCUUGUAGGUGGCCGGCUCUUUGAGAUGAAAGCUGAAGGCAACGCCACGCUCUUUGUGGACUCGGGAGCAGAGAAGAGGCACAUCUUUAUCCACAGAGUCACUCUUACAGACCUCAAACCUGCUGCUACAUACGUGUAUCACUGUGGUGGCGAUGAAGGCUGGAGCGACGUAUUCGUCUUCACGGCGCUGAACGACAGCUUAAGUUUCAGUCCCAGGUUUGCAUUCUAUGGAGAUCUGGGCAAUGAGAACCCUCAGUCUCUGGCCCGACUUCAACAAGAGACUCAGCUCAGCAUGUAUGAUGUCAUACUGCACAUAGGGGACUUUGCCUAUGAUAUGGAUGAGGACGAUGCCAGAAUUGGAGAUGAGUUCAUGAGGCAGAUCCAGUCCAUAGCAGCUUACGUUCCCUACAUGACCUGUCCAGGCAACCAUGAAGCUGCAUACAACUUCUCCAACUACAGGAAUCGCUUCAGCAUGCCCGGCCAGACUGAAAGCCUCUGGUACAGCUGGAACCUGGGGUCAGCACACUUUAUCUCCUUUUCCACCGAAGUGUACUUUUUCCCUGAAUAUGGCAUGGAUCUUCUCUUCAGGCAGUACGAAUGGCUGAAGAACGAUUUGGAGGAGGCCAGCAAGCCUGAGAACAGGGCGCUCCGUCCCUGGAUCAUCACCAUGGGACACAGACCCAUGUACUGCUCCGACGAUGACCAGGAUGACUGUACCAAGUUUGACUCUUGGGUUCGACUGGGGCGCAAAGACAUCAAACCACCUGCUCCUGGUCUAGAGGAUUUAUUUUACAACUAUGGAGUGGAUUUGGAGCUGUGGGCACACGAGCACACAUAUGAGAGACUUUGGCCCGUCUAUGGUGACAAGGUGUACAAUGGAAGCACAGAGCAUCCGUAUGUAAACCCCAAGGCUCCAGUGCACAUCAUAGCAGGCUCUGCUGGCUGCAGAGAGAGGACAGACAGGUUCAAUCCAAACCCCAGAGAGUGGAGCGCGUUCCGCAGCACAGACUACGGCUACAGCCGAAUGCAAGUGGUGAACGCCACACACCUUUAUUUGGAGCAGGUUUCUGAUGAUCAGUAUGGCAAAGUGAUUGACAGCACAUGGAUAGUGAAAGAAAAACAUGGCUUCUCUGCCUGGUUUUGAAGACCUUAAAAAUGAAGAUCUCAUCACAAAAUCACCCUGAACUUCAAGAAACCUCCACAGUUUUGCCACACUACAUCAGUUAUGCAGAAAAAAUAAUUUAAAAAAGGUUUUCUAAUUCCUUUUUUGUUGUACAGUGG